CCAACGAAAUGUUUCCGCUCUACUCAACCCUUCCUAUUUAUCAUGCCCCGCCCAAUACAACUUGAUCUAAUACACCUUUCGAUGUAACUAAACACAUUCCAACAUGGUUCGGUAUGUAACAGCGUCUUAUGUGUCGUGUGUACUUUAUUAACUGUUAUAAGUGUCCUUAUAUUUACGGAAUCAAAAUAAAUUGAUAUUAUUUAUCAAGAAUACAUGUAUGUAUUUGCGAAUUUAAAAGGAGAAGACACGAAAAGGAUCUAUGAAAUAACUAGGUCUUAAAUUUAUAAAAUGUCCAUUCUAGACGAGCGUGAAGAAUACCUGAAGAAUCCAUAUUUUGUAAAGCACGAAUACGGAGAUUUCACACCUUUUUAUAUUACCAUCACCAUUUGUUCCGUAAUAGGUGGAUUUAUAUUUCUUUUGAAUAUUGUAUUCUGCUGGUGUUCCCGUCACAGAGCUUAUUGGCAAGAUCGUCAUACUGGAAAUCGAUACAUUCAAUCUUUGUGGACUGUAUUGCCACAUAAAACUCCACCUCUGGAUUUAACCGAAUUAGAAUCCAUUCACACUACACAACCGAUAGUUAAGUCUGAAGUAAUAGAAUAUCACGAUACUGAAUCUCAAGGAAAAGGUUCUAAUUCGCAGGAAUACUUGGAAAUGCAUAAACGUGAAAGUGAAAUUUAAUUUAACUUUAAUUUUAAUGUUUUAUGAUUGAGAAACGUAUGUACAAAAAUCAGAGAAUAUUACAAAGAUUUAGUAUUAACAUAGAAACACAUUUUGUGUUUCUUAUUUGUACAAAGUAGAAAAUAAUAUUGAAAGAAAAAUUGAUAGAUU